ACUCCUUUCGCCUCUACCUGAGGCUGCUGGCGGGGCUGGUCUCACUCACCUCACAAUAGUUAUUCAAUAAAUUAAGCAAAAAAAUAACAUCAUAGUGGUGGAGUACAAGUGAGAGGACUACGUGAGAGCAGCGUUAAGUAUCGUGGGUUGCAGGGGAGCGUGGGGCGGCCAUCGACCACGGGGGCUGCACCAAAUAUACCUCAGUGUGGCGUAGACACGGGGAGGAGACUAACCUGCCGCCGCUACCAUCACCACCAUCACCCACACACACGCCUUCACCACCCACAAAGGACCCUCGCCUGAGCCUACAUUACACAACACUACACUACACUACACUACCUACACUACACUACACUCCCGUCCAUGGUGGCUAUCAGGAUAUUUCUCUCUGCAGGAGGAAACAUCUCCAGUGAAAAUAAGGUGCUUUCAAGGACGUCUUGGCUGCUUUGACGUUCGCGUGACUAAUAUACGCCGGUGGUGGUCUGGCUCACGAGUCACGACACGUCAGUCUAUCUUCAGCACUCCAGUAGGAGGUGUCACCGCCCGCCUGUCCCUCCCACAACACAUGAAUCUACCCUGAUUCUCCCGCAGGAAGUUAUGUGAGGUCUGGAGGUCGCACGAGGUCAAGAGGUCCCACGGGGUUAGAAGCUCCCACGAGACCAAGAGGAUUCACGAGGCCAGGAGGUCACGUAAAACCAAAUGGCGGAGGAUUGGGAUUACAACCUGACAGAUGUCGACUCAUUCAACGUGACUGAAGAUGAUUGGCAGUCGACCGUCAACUCGACCUUUCUGGGGUCACUGUUCUCCUGCGCUCACUGGACACACCCACAGCACCUCCUCUUCCAGCUGGCUAACGGGUGCUUCUUCGUCAGCUAUUUGGCGCCCUCUCAGCGUAUGGGACUUCUCUUCAUGCACUGUAUACUCAUCUUAGGGUUCUUGCUGUACUCGACAUGGGCCUGGAAUGUGAUCUGUGCACCGGAUGUGUUUUCCUGGAACUUCACAUUCAUGCUACUCAACAUGGGUCAGACGCUGUAUAUUAUCUACCAGAUGCGCCCCGUCAAAGUCAACAAGGAACUCGAGGCUAUGUAUGAGGCACUCUUCCAACCCCUUGAUGUGAACGUGAUGGCAGACAACCAGUUCUUACACUCCAUCAUCAACAUGCAGUUCCUCGACUCACCGGAGUUUGAGUCAUCAAGGGCAUCUCUGGAGGACAAGUUCAAGGUGUCCAUCAUAGCAGCGACGUCGUGUAGGUACGUGUUCUGGCAACGGACGAGCCUGGAGUACUUGUUCGUAAAGGAGUCGUACUUGGCCACCGUGUUGUCCACCAUCAUAGCGCGAGACAUAACCACCAAGCUGUAUAACAUGAACCAGAAGAUCGUGACGGAGAAAGGGUCACAUCUGGACAUCAGGUUGCCUUCCCUCACCUCCUCUCUCUCCUCCUCCUGCGGGGGUGAUGGUUCCCUCCGCUCCCCUGCUCGCUUCUCCCUCAGGUCUGGGGGCGGCGGCGGGGGACUGGGUGGCGGACAUGGGGGCAGUGGCAGCAGUGCGGGCGGCGUGGGGUGUACGGGCGGCCUAGCGUCAUCACUAGCGGGCGUGGCGGGGCUGGGUUUGGGUGCCAAACACGCCCGCCUAGGCUACACCAUCCUACCCACCUCUGCCCCACGUUACGAAGGGCGUGAGCGACUCGACCUAGCGUACCGGGAGAAUCGUGGCGCGUACCGGGACAACCUAGCGUACCGGGAGAAUGGCUACGUGCCCAAUGGUCGACCUGAGAUGACCCCAUUGACUGAACUACCCUCUACUGACUCCCUUACUGACACCAGUCAUGACAUACACACCUGGUUGGAAGACUCGUCACGCUACACCCACCGUUAAUUAAGAGGCUCUGUUACCUGUGUCUAUAGGCUGUGUUACCUGUCUAUAGGCUCUGUUUGCCUGUCUAUAGGCUCUGUUUGCCUGUCUAUAGGCUCUUUUUACCUGUCUAUAGGCUCUGUUCCCUGUCUAUAGGCUCUGUUACCUGUUUAUAGGCUCUGUUACCUGUCUAUAGGCUCUGUUACCUCUCUAGGCUCUUUUUACCUGUCUAUAGGCUCUGUUACCUGUCUAUAGGCUUUGUUACCUGUGUCUAUAGGCUCUGUUACCUGUUUAUGGGCUCUGUUACCUGUCUAUAGGCUCUUUUUACCUGUCUAUAGGCUCUGUUACCUGUCUAUAGGCUCUGUUACCUGUCUAUAGGCUCUUUUUACCUGUAUAGGCUCUGUCACCUCUCUUUAGGCUCUGUUUACCUGUCUAUAGGCUCUUUUUACCUGUCUAUAGGCUCUGUUACCUGUCUAUAGGCUCUGUUCUGCAA